UUUCUUUCAUUUUGCGAACAUCAUAUGAGCGCGAGCGAAACAAACUCGUAUACAAAUCAAAUAAGAAUAUCAUAAAAAGUGUACAAUAUGGAAAAUAGUGUAGUACUCUCGGGCUGGAUUUUAAAUUGACGGUGUGAAUUUUCCAAUUAGAUUGCUCAACUAAAAAUCAUUUGUUGGAAAAAAGUCGUUUCUAACUUUUCGAAACCGGAAUGCCUCUGGUGCAGUUGAAAUGCAACAGCAUCACAAGUUAUUAUCGAGUAAAUUUAAAGCAAAAUUUUAGGUAAUCACUCGUAUGCAAAAUUAACGAAACAAAAACAAAAAGCAACAAUGUACUCUCCUAUAACGUCAUUUUUCGCCGAACAACAUCGACCUAAUAGAGCGAAUGUGUCAACGCGAUUGUGCAAACACGAUAAAUAUGGUUUAUUCGUUCUUGCCUAUGGUAGAUGAAGGCAGAUUUUAGAGUUUGUUUACAAUUUCGUGGGCACAGAGUAAUUUGUACAACAACGAUAACAAAAGCAAGAAAAAGCAGGCACAUCACAAGCACCAAUAACAAUAAACUCAAAUCUUAUUUUGAAUGGAAUAACAAAAUAUCAUACAUAUUUCGAUCGGCUUGCCGCUUGUGAAACCAUAAAACUCUUACUAAGCUUUGAAUAUUAACAACAAACCAAAACAAAGAAACUUUAAUUAGCACCAAAGGUCGAUAUUAGUCAGUAGCAACCAAAAAUUAUUUUGCUUUUCGUAGUAGCAUAUUGACUACGAUUUUGCAUCUUUCUGGGCUGCUCUUAUAAGGAAAAAAUUUGUCAAACUGAAGCAGUUGUCGCAAGACGUGACGGUGCUGUUGAAAAUUAAAAAAAUGGACAGCAUCGGUGAGGAGAACGGCAACUCGAACAAUAUUGAGGAAGGUCACAAUUUGACGACUACCUCAACGCACCAAAGUAAUAACUCAACAGCCGGCAAUAGUGUAGCAACAUCAGCCGCCGGUAGUGGAGCUACUGUAUUGACCACAACAGCGAGUGUGCAAUACCCCUUAGCAGCACCGGUCCACAGUUUACAGCAAAUGCAGUCUGUCAUUCAGGCAGCCAAUCAGUCGUCAGUCAUUCAAACAGCCGCCACAAAUGCUGUGACCGCGGCGACGACAGGGACGAUAGGUGUACCCAAGGGAGGGGUAUUAUAUGUGAAUAAGCCACCUAGUACAACAGUAAUACACACAACAUCAGGCAGUGGUGUACAGCUCCCUCCACAUUUUCAAUGUAAAAUCAAACCCGAACCAAAUACACAACACCUCGACACUAAUAGUGAAGAUAGUCUCACUGACGAGGACUCACCGCAGCGACGAAUAGAGCUCACAAGAAGGCCAUCGUACAAUAAAAUUUUCACCGAAAUUAGUGGACCUGAUAUAACAGAUAAUAGUGGCAUAGCUGAGGAUCAGACGCGUAAGCGCGAGAUACGAUUACAAAAAAAUCGGGAGGCGGCACGUGAAUGUCGGCGUAAAAAGAAGGAAUAUAUAAAGUGCCUGGAAAAUCGUGUGGCGGUGCUUGAGAAUCAAAACAAAGCGCUCAUUGAAGAAUUGAAAUCACUCAAGGAGCUCUAUUGUCAAACAAAGAUCGAUUGAGACAGGCAGGAUGAUGACGACGAUGCGGUUGGGACGGAAGUGGUGGCUACGGAUAACUAUGAAAACGAUGGCGACAAUGUCGUAGAUACUGCAGUUGCAGAUAAUGCUGCCGUAUCAAGUGUAGAUUUCGCCGCUACAAGUACAAAUUGUGAAAAUGCUGCUGCAAGUGUAGUUUUUAAUAUCAAUGCGUUAAGUGAAACGGAUUCACUUACUGCUGCAAACACAUUACAACAACAUGGUGAUGAUGGUGAUAAUGGCAGCGAUCCUACGGUUGAAUGUGUUGCAGCUGAGCAAAAGGAUUUUCAAGUCAACAAUCGAUUGCAAGUGUUACAUGUAGGGAAAGCAGUGCCAUCUGUAGCAUCAGCAGCAGCAACAACAACUACAACAACCAUUGUGCGUCGCAUUGUAGUUGCAAACAUGAAUGCUGUUGCCGCCGCUGCCGUCAAAGCCACCGCCGCUAACGUUGUUUUUGUGCCCGCCAGACCUCCCACAAAUUGUUAACCUGAUACGGCGAUGAAUUAGUAUUCUGCACUAAUUUUUCGACUCAACAAAUUUUUUGAAGAAAAGCAAAAAAGAAAAAAAAAACACACACACACACAACAAAACAUAUGCAAGGAAAGUGAGAAGAGAAUAAAGAAUUUUUUUGUAAAAAUUUUUAUCUUAAUAUUUAAAAUGAGAUGAGAUAUGUGAAAUAAGUGAUGCAUUUUAAUAGUGUAAAUGCAAUUCCAUUAUGUUAUGAUAACAUAAAGCAAUGGUAAUUGUAUGCCACAGUCAAAGUGCGACGAUGACCUGAUGACGGUAGAUGGACCGACUAGAAGUUGGUUAAUAUAUACAUAUAUAUUUUUUUAAAUAAUAAUGCAGUAAGUGAAUGCAAAAUUAACAAAUUUUAAUUUUAACUACAAUUUUAAAUAGAAAUGAAAUUUGUUUCUAAGUUUGUAUAUGCUGAGGUUUAAUGAAAGCAAGUGAAAUAACGAAGAAUGCUUUUGAUACCGUGGCUCUGUAGAAAAUGUUAAUGAAAUGCAAAUACUUUAAUAUAAAAUUCAUUAAAGAAAAACUAGCCCAUUUGAACACAGAAGAAAUUGUGAGGAAAAUAUAUAAAAAAUAAAAUGAUUAUUGAAUAAAAAAAAUUGUAAAUUAUGUUUAAAUUGUAAUUAAUUCAUUGUAUUGUGUAUUUCUUUGUUAUGUAUAUGUACUUGUGACAAAUGAGUAAAGGUUAGAAGUAAUUUGUAUACUAUGCAGGACAGUUUAUUCGAGCCAUCUGCAGCAGUCUUGGCAAAAUCGCGGCAGCUAGUCGCCCGAUUUUCCAACGUGUAUGUGUUUUAGUUUAAUUGAAUUUGUUGCUUAAGUGGCACAUAUCAUAUUUUGUUGCCAACAAGAUUUCUUAUGCUUAAUUUUAUUUUAAUUUUUUAUUGUACAUUAUACUUAAUUAUGAAGCUCUUUGUUAUUAUCAUCUUUGAUUUAAUUAAUUUAAAUAAAAAAAAAAACAAUGUAAAAAAGGUUUAGAA